AUGGCGCUCCGCUCGCGAAGCGGGCGCUGGGAGACGCGCGCACAAGUGCGGCCGCUCCCUCUGCCGACUGAAUCGAGUGAGCGGCCGUGGGAAGAGUACACCAUAGUGCGCAAGCUUGGGCGCGGUAGUUUUGGCCAGGUGUACGAGGCAGUGCAUACUCCGACCACGCAGGUCGUCGCCGUCAAGCAAAUCCACCUCGAGUCAAGCGCUGGCGAAGGCUGCGAAGUGCAGGACCUUUCUGAAAUCCAGCGCGAGGUUACAAGUCUGGCGCAGUGCCAGUCGUGCGAGCGGGUGACGCGGUACUAUGGCAGUUUCUUGCGGCGCUACACGCUGUGGGUCGUCAUGGAGCUCAUGGACGGCGGUUCGUGCCUCUCGCUGAUCCAGCGCGGCGGCCCGCUUCCUGAAAGUGUAAUUGCCGCGAUAUGCAGGCAGAUCGUGCUUGGGCUAGUCUAUCUACACGCCCAAGGCAUUGUGCAUCGCGACAUCAAAGCCGCGAAUGUGCUUCUCUCCAAGCGCGGCGAGGUAAAACUCGCCGACUUUGGCGUCGCGGCGCAGCUCCUGCACCGCAACUCGCACUGCCGGACGCUGGUAGGUACUCCGUACUGGAUGGCGCCCGAAGUAAUCAAGCAGUCCAAGUACAAUGCAAGCGCGGAUAUUUGGUCGCUCGGCAUCACCGCGCUGGAAAUGGCACAUGGACAGCCGCCGCUGGCGACGUGCCAUCCCAUGCGUGCGCUGUUUCUCAUUCCCAAGGCGAAUCCGCCGCAGCUGGAUGCAGAGCGCUACUCACGCGAGUUUGCCGAGUUUGUCAGUCGGUGCCUCGCCAAGCAGCCGCAGGACCGCGCGUCUGCACGCGCUUUGGGUUCGACGUCGUUUGUCCGCGACGCGGGCGAUAUAGCAUUGGUCCGCGCUUGCAUAGAGGAGCGCGCACGCGAGACGGCAGAAACGAGCCGCUCGGAUUUGUCCGACGCGCUGCAGGACUCGGUGCUCGAUACCAGCCGCUUUUCCGAAUGGGCGUUUGACGACGAGAGCGAGGAGCGCGGCGUGCAAGCUUCGCGCAUGGGCCUCGGUGACGACAGCCGCGUUUCCGUGCAGACACCCGCGCCGCUUGUACAUAUCGCAGCGCACACGCCGCGUCCCGAUGCGCCGACGUUGCCAAAGGACGUGGACGCAUGGAAAGAAGGCUCGCCGCGCAAGUCGCCGCGCGCGCCGGUCCAGUCGCUUGCACGCGCGCCGUCAAGCCAGACGCGUGUGCAAGCAGCGCUGGAGCAGCUUGCGUACCAGGCCGGCCAGGAUGCCGAGCAGGACGGCGCGGGUAUGCUCUACGAGCUUCAAGGCCUGCUCAGCCAGCUCGGCCGCCAGCACCCAGCCUACCUCGACCAGUUUGUCCUCGCGCUUGGCCAUCCGCGCGCUGGGAGCGCAGUGCGCACGCCUGCCGCAGCGUCGCGGCUUGCGUCGCUUUUGUACGGCCGCUGGCUCGAGGGCUUGCGUGCGCGCUGGGACGUGCUCGAUAGUCCACUAUAG